AUGGCCUCGCGGCAACAGGGCAAUGGCUCGCCGUCACGCGGCAGGUCCACGAGCCCGCGACCACUGCGGCCGCAAGAGGACAUGGACUACGAUUCCGAUGCCAGUUUCAUUGAGAAUCUACCAGAUGCCCGCCACCUGCAAGCCUUUGGUAGAAAAGUCACAGCGACCGCAGGCAGCUUGAUAGGGGCAGAAGGCGUGAGCCAGCACUACCAGAACGCUUUAGGAGAGCUUCACCGAGAACUUCGCCGGCCGAUGUUGCAACGCUCCGUCUUUUCCUUCGCCCAGACGACCCCACGCGAGCUCGUGCGCUCCAGGAUAUCUGUGCCCGAGAUCCAGCAUCGCGCCCUUACAUACCUCCCAGAUGAACUGCUCGCGAAUAUACCCGAGGACAAUAACGCAUACUCGCUGUUUCAAGGCUUUCAAGCCUCCUUGCCGGAGGAGAAGGGUGGAGUGGGCAAGAAGCAUGGAAGGCACAACUCAAGAGGACAAAGGCUGAUCGGCGCGGCAGUCGAGGAGGAGGAGGAUGCAAACCUGCCGCCGUCUAUGCGUAAGCUAAAGAAUCAGAAGCACAGCAUGGGACACAAGCUGGAGAUGAUGGGCGUAAGGAAGCACAUGUGCGCAGCCGAGAUACACGAGAUUGACAACAAGAUCGCAAACUUGAAUACGAUGCGCAAGAUCGUGCUGGACAGGCUAGCAGGCAUCGAGAUGGAAGAGGCGGAAAUUGAACAGGAGAUGUUGGACGUGGACAAUCGUAUCGAGGAUUUGCAGGAAGAGCUGGAGGAUGCCGCGGCUUUAGCUCCAAAAUCACCCGAUACCCCAACAGUAGGCGUGAGUGCAGAGGAGGCUGCAGAAGCCGGAGACGAUUUCAUGUCUGAGUCCAUAUACCAGAAGAUACCCUCGCCGAAGAGCAAACGGAAAAGAGUUACACGUCGCAUAUCAAUGCCGAUCCUACAUGAGCACUUGGAGUCUGGCUCGAAGAUCAAAGAACUGCCUGCGCACCAGGACAUUAUCACCGCAUUAGAUUUCGACGCACCUUGGGGAACAUUGGUAACAGCAUCUUUGGACGAUACGGUACGAGUAUGGGAUCUGAAUGCUGGCCGUUGCAUAGGGAUGCUUGAAGGCCAUUUGUCGUCGGUUCGCUGCCUUCAGGUAGAAGAUAACAUUGUUGCAACCGGUUCUAUGGACGCUACUAUUCGGUUAUGGGAUCUAAGCAAAGCCGAAUAUGCACCUCAAGACAGUCGGAUAAACAAGGACGGCGAAGAGGAGGAAGACGAUGGACUUGGUUUCGGAAACGCAGAAGACGCGCCUCCCCCGCCGCCGGCUACCAUCAUGCAAGACGUACCUCUAUUUUCGCUAGAAUCCCACGUCGAUGAAGUCACCGCAUUGCAUUUCCGGGGAGAUACUCUUGUUUCUGGCUCAGCGGAUAAGACGCUGAGACAAUGGGACCUGGUCAAGGGACGCUGCGUACAGACGCUCGACGUUCUGUGGGCAGCUGCCCAGGCCAACGCAACGACGACUACAGGCGCCGGACAAUGGCGGCAAACGGGCAGGGUCACGGAUGCAAGUGCCGACUUCGUUGGUGCUGUGCAAGUCUUCGACGCAGCUCUGGCAUGCGGCACUGCUGAUGGCAUGGUAAGGCUUUGGGAUCUGCGAAGCGGCCAAGUGCAUCGCAGUUUGGUCGGUCACACAGGCCCUGUUACCGCUCUACAGUUUGAUGAUGUACAUCUCAUCACUGGUAGUGCGGAUAGGAGUAUACGAAUCUGGGACCUCCGAACGGGUUCAAUUCACGACGCGUAUGCAUACGACCAUCCCGUGACCAGCAUGAUGUUCGACGCUCGCCGCAUUGUUACGGCAGCUGGUGAGGACGUUGUGAAGGUCUACGACAAGACUGAUGGCCGACACUGGAACUGUGGCCCUGGCGUUGGCGCGGACGAGGACGCUUCGAGCUUGUCUAUCAUAGAACAUCUUGCCGCAACCCUUCAGAAAGCGCGUCUAAACCAGUACCGGUCUCCGAUAAUACGAUCCGUAUCCACGAAACCUCUCCCGUCGCCGUCAUCGCGUCUUGUCAGGUUCGCAUGGAGAUCAGCGGCGGCACUCGGGUUGUUCGUUGCUAUGAGCGGCGCGCUCGUGGUCGCCUUCUUCAUCUACGAUGCGACAACAUACAAAGAGGACCCCGAAACGUUCGACAUACCCGUGUCAGAGCUCGCUCUGAACCCGAGAAGAGGGGGCCCGAAGAACCUCCCCAUCGUCGAGUAUUUCGUCGACGAUGACGAACCCGACAUGAAGCAGAACAAGCACAAGCCUAGGCUGGUCGUCCUAGGUACCGGCUGGGGUAGUGUGGCUGUUUUGAAGCAAUUAAAUCCAAACGAUUACCAUGUCACAGUCAUAUCGCCAUCGAACCACUUCCUAUUUACGCCCAUGCUGCCAUCCGCUACUGUAGGUACUCUAGAAUUGCGGUCACUGGUUGAGCCCGUGCGAAAAAUUGUGAAGAGUAUAAACGGGCACUUCUUGAAAGUUAUGGCCGAAGAUGUGGAGUUCUCAGAGAAGCUCGUGGAGGUGUCGGCGGUCGGAGUUGAUGGAAAGAAGCAAAAUUUCUACGUGCCAUAUGACAAGCUCGUCGUUGGUGUCGGCUCCGUCACCAACCCUCAUGGUGUCAAGGGCCUCGAACACUGCCAUUUCCUCAAAGAUAUUAGCGAUGCUCGCCUGAUUCGGAAUAAAGUCAUACAAAACUUGGAGAACGCCUGCCUGCCAACGACUACUGACGAGGAGCGACGGCGCCUCCUGUCAUUCGUUGUAUGCGGAGGAGGACCGACAGGCGUCGAGUUUGCUGCUGAGCUGUUCGAUAUGCUGAAUGAGGACCUUUGCAAGUUUUUCCCACGGAUUCUACGCAACGAGAUUUCCGUGCACGUCAUCCAGUCUCGCAGUCACAUCCUGAAUACCUACGAUGCAGCACUAUCCGAAUAUGCCGAGAAGCGCUUCUCUCACGAUUCGGUAGAUGUCCAGACGGACUCUCGCGUCAAAGAAGUCUUCAACGACAAGAUCACCUACUCCCAGAAAGGCAACGACGGAAAGAUCAUCACGAAGGAAAUUCCUAUGGGCUUCUGUCUCUGGUCUACCGGAGUUUCUCAAACCGACUUCAGCAAGAAACUUGCCAAAAAGCUUGAAGGCCAGAACAACCGACACGCCCUCGAGACUGACACGCACCUCCGCCUAGUCGGUGCUCCCCUCGGCGACGUCUACGCCGUAGGCGACUGUGCAACCGUCCAGAAUAACGUCAGUGAUAACAUCGUCAGCUUCCUCCGCACCACGGCCUGGGAAAAGGGCAAGGACCCCGAAAAGCUGCACAUCUCGUACAACGACUGGCGCGGCAUCGCCAAACGCGUCCGCCAGCGCUUUCCGCAAGCAGCUGACCACCUCCGCCGCCUCGACAAGCUCUUCGCUGAGUACGACAAGGAUUCCAGCGGCACCCUCGACUUCGGCGAGCUUAGGGAGCUCCUCACGCAGAUCGAUAGCAAGCUUACUUCGUUGCCAGCGACCGCCCAGCGCGCCCAUCAACAGGGUCAAUACCUCGGUCGCAAGUUCAACAAAAUUGCGCAGGCGGCGCCGGGUAUGCAGCUCAACGAGGUGGACUACGGCGACUUGGACGAGGCUGUGUACAAGGCGUUUGAGUACAAGCAUCUGGGGAGUCUGGCGUACAUUGGUAACGCGGCGAUCUUCGACAUUAACGGGUACGGAUUGAGCGGUGGUCUGCUCGCUGUGUACUUGUGGAGAGGGGUCUACUUUGCGCAGAGCGUGAGUUUCAGAACGAGAUGUCUCUUGGCGAUGGACUGGACGAAGCGGGCGUUGUUCGGAAGAGACUUGAUGAACUUCUAA